AUGCAUCAUGUAGCGACGUUGAUAGCUCAAAGACAGGAGCUCUAUUCCUACGGUGUAGAGGCUGUUCAAGAGUUUGUAUUGGGUGGAUAUGAUGCUGAAGCUACAACUGCUUAUAACCGUAACCUUUCUGACAUAUCAACUUUGAAAGAUCCCCACUCUAAAGAUGCAUCACAAAGGUAUCAUGCGCAUCAAUACACAAAUGGAACUACUUGAGAUCUUACAAACGAGCCUUGAGAAACCGAGGUAAGAUUUGUUUGUUCGGAACCUAGAGCGAUGAUUAGUUCUAUAACUGAAUUAUCAACAUGCAAAUACACUCUCACAAUCCAAUGCCCAACACUUUGCAAGCACCCUUGUUCCAAGAAGAAAAACCAGUUUGGUAUACAAUCAACUGUAACCCGCUUCCAAAAGACUACAAACAACCAAAAAUGGAAGAUGAUGUUGUACAUGAACACGAUAUUGCUAUGGUAACCGAUAAGUCAUCAUCAUCUGUUUCAGAAGAAUAUGCAACUUAAAGAUAUGUUGUGCACAUUGCGUAUCGUCACAUCAAAUUUACUAAUAGAGAUUUAUCGACGUUUAGAGGUACACAGUGUUUGAAUGAUAUAGUAAACCCAAUGUGCUCAAGUCGGAUGUGGAAGCCGUGAGAGCUGAGAACUUGAGGAUGUGAGGACCGAGUAUGGGAUGCCAAAUGAAUGUAGUGCAGCUGAUGAACGUGCCAAGUUGCUGGCUUCCCUCAUUAUGAAUGACAACUUUAUUAGGUAAUGGGUGGUGAAUGUAAGUAUUUGUGGGACCUAACAUGUAUGUGGGAACCUAUGUCUAUCUGUUUCAUGCUUGGUUUUAAAAGUGUGCCUGCGGCGUGAGGCACAAGUGUUGGCGUCUUGUGUAGGCCAAGGUGCGUGAAAACAAGAGCAAGUGUUGGCGUCUUGGGCUCAGUUUGUCUUUAAUGUUAUGCAUCGACUAUCUAGAUGAGAAGAAUGUAAACUUCAAACAUUGUAUAUAAUUGGUGAUGAUUAUAAUGCACCAGUUAGUAGGAGAAAUUGUGGGUAUAAUGUAUU